CGCAGCAGAGCUGAGGACUUGAGCGGUGGGGGGGACGAAAGAGACGACGUUUGCUCCAGGGGGCAAAAUGGACGCCCCGGAGGAGUGUGGGGUAUUUACUUAAAGGGGAUGUCAGACACCCCCUCUCUUAAAGGCACCAACCCCCUAACACUCAUUAUAUUGUGCCGACAUUUAUAAGGCAUAUGUUGCUCUCAGUUUUCUGAACAUUUAUUAUUUUUGGUGGGCUAAGUGAAACAACUUUGAUACCAGCCCCCCCCCCGGACCAAAGCCCAGAAACCCAGGUGAAGGCUGACCAUGAAAAUUGGUGGUGUGAAGGAGGAGGACGAGGAGGAGGAUGGAGGAGGCAUCGGCUAUCCAGACUGGGCCUACAAGCCUGACUCCAGCCCCGGGAGCCGUCAAGUCCAGCUCUGGCACUUCAUCCUGGACCUACUGCGCAGGGAGGAGUUCCGGGAGGUGAUCGCAUGGCAGGGAGACUUCGGGGAGUUUGUCAUCAAGGACCCCGACGAGGUGGCUCGCCUGUGGGGAGCGAGGAAGUGCAAGCCUCAGAUGAACUACGAUAAGCUCAGCAGGGCCCUCAGGUAUUACUACAACAAGCGGAUCCUUAAUAAGACCAAAGGCAAGAGAUUCACCUACAAGUUCAACUUCAGUACCCUGGUGAUGGUCAGCCACCCCCUCCUGGGUCUUCGGGACAGUGGUGCUAUGGCGCCACACAGCGCCCCCCCAAUUCCCUCGGCCUACCCUCUGCUUCGAUCCCUUGGUCCGCUGUCUCCCGGACCCCUCCGUCCGGCCCGGGGCUCCGUGUCUGACGGCAGCGUGGGGACGCCGGGCCCUCUGGAGCCCGAGGAACCGGCCAGAGUGCUGGCCUACCCCUUCCUCUCGCCACUGCCCCUGCUGUGUCCCCAGUCCGCCAGCCCCUUCUCCACCCUGUCUCACCCAAGGCUGGGGGCAGCCUCACCCCCGGGCGGGCCACUCCACUUCACCUUCAGCCCCGAGGAGACGUUCCUCUACCUCCGAUCCGGGGUCCGGGCCUACCCCCCAAGCCUCCACCGCCUGCCCAGCUCUCUGGGACAUCUCCCUGCCAGGCCUCCCCCUCCACCGGAGGAGCCGACGACCAGCUUCCGGCUGCAGCCCCCGCCGCUCGGCGGCCGCAGGGUCCGGGGGACGGAGAGGCCCGUGGCUGUGGUCCAGGGAGUGCCGCCGACCCCGUGCGAGCAGCCGAGGAAGGUGGGCUCUCCUUGCCUGCCCGCCAAGCUGCGCUUCAAGAUGCAGCGGAUAGAGGGGAAGAGUCCCGGCAGCGACCCCAGCUUUGGCCGCUGGGCUCCCCCCACCCUGCCUGACGGUGUUGGGGCAGUCGUGAGGGGCACAGAAUGAUCCCGGCAGUGGACUGGGAGCGGGAGCCACCGCUGCCUAGCUAAUGACUGAACUGCUGAGUUUGGAGCUGAGCUAUGGAAGGAGUACAUCCCUUCAUCCUUCCCCCUACCCCAGACCUUUUGCUCAAACCCUCCUCCCUCCGCAUCUUCUUCACCCUGCCCUCUGCCUCCCAUUACCCAACCCUUACCCCACCUCAUCCUCCCAUUACCCUGCCCUCUCCAUCUUCAUGCUCCUGUUACCCCAUCCUCUCAUUACCCUCAUCCUCUCAUUACCCUCAUCCUCUCAUUACUCUGCCCUCUCUAUCUUCAUGCUCCUAUUAACAUUUCCACUCAUUACCCUCUUUCCAAACACAUCUUCCCUAUCUCAUCCACUUCACUACCCUCACCAUGACCACUACCUUCCCUCCCACCUCUCGCUCACUCCCACCACCCAAAAACUCCUGGAUCUCAACUCCAGGGGCUCGGGGUCUGUGUUAAAGUUCCUGUGAGCCUUGCCUGCACGUUGUGUGUGGUAUAGAGAGCUGUGCUGUUCCUGUCAAUAUUCUGUGCAACGUGCUCUUUGACCCUGAGCAAAGCACCCUAGAUAAUUCUGCUCUUUGCCGUUUUUAAAGAGCGGAUUGGCUGCUCUUUAUUCGUGGCGAGAAGUUUUUAAAAAUGAAUAUUAAUACCAUUUUGUGCCUGCUGAGGUGUUUCUGAAUUUGAAAUGUAAUUUUAUGAUAAAACAAUAUCCCUGGAAUGUACUCCUUGUAUAUAUUUUUGUAGAGAUUUAUUGUUCAACCUAAUAAGAUAUUAAAUUAGAUUUUAGCUAAA